AUGCUCGGGUCACCACCUUCUGCGGCAUCAACAUCAACACACGGGAUGACCAGCAACGUCGAUGCGACGAAAGCUGUGGCAGCACCGCCAAUAAUAAGCAGCAAGUUGACCUGCAACUUCAGCAAUCAUCAGUCCAACACCUGCAGCAUGGAAGGCGACUUGCGCAUCCAUAGCAAAUCCGCCACUGUGUACGUCGUCUCGGCGUCCACCUACCGUCCGGAAAAUGCGACGAUCAAGCUCCGCCCGUAUGCACGAAAGUGGGAGGACCAGGUGAUGAUGCUGGUUCGUGAGGUCACCAUGCGGUCCAGUCCGCCAGGCGGUGCCGACGACCCACCACCACCCCAGUGCUCGGUUCGGCACGACGUGCCAGCAGUGGUUUUUUCUACCGGCGGCUACAACAGGAACUUCUUCCACGUGAUGACCGACGUGAUCAUCCCACUCUACCUGACGGCCCGAGAGUACAAUGGCCACGUCCAGCUGCUCGCCACCGACUACGAGCCCAAGUGGAUCGCCAAGUACAAGGCCAUCCUCGCCGCACUGUCCAGCUACCCAGUCAUAGACUUGGACUCUGAGUCUCAGGACACCGUGCGCUGCUUCCCGUCGGCUCAUGUCGGGCUGGAGAGUCACAAGGAGCUGGGCAUCGUCCCGGGUCUCUCCCACAAGGGCUACACGAUGGUGAGCUUCCGGGACUUCAUCCGCUCCGCCUACUCGCUGCAGCGGCCACGGGUGACGCCCGUGAGCAGGAGCGCCGGGCGGAAGCCUCGGCUCGUCAUGAUCCUGCGCCGCAACUCGAGGCAACUCAAGAAUGAAGCCGACGCCAUCGCCGCCGCGGCCGAUGUCGGCUUCGAGGUGGUAGCUGCGGGACCAGACGACGUCAGUGACCUGAAGCGGUUCCCCGGGGUGGUCAACUCCUGCGACGUGCUCAUGGGCGUGCACGGUGCUGGGCUGGCCAACAUGCUGUUCCUGCCUCACAACGCCACGGUGGUGCAGAUCAUCCCGUGGGGCGAGAUCAAGUGGGCGUGCCGGCAUUCCUACGGAGACCCCGUGCCAGACAUGGGACUCCGCUAUCUCGAGUACGAGGCCACGGCGGAGGAGACCUCCUUGAAGGACAGCUACCCCCGCGACCACGCCGUGUUUACCGACCCGCUCUCCAUACAUCGCCAGGGAUUUGACAAGAUGUGGAACAUCUUCAUCAACGGACAGCACGUCAUCGUAGACAUCGACCGAUUCAGAGGGUUCAUGAAGCAACUGUACCAGUCCAUCACGACGGAGUAG